AUGAAGCCUCUCUCUCAUCUAGUAAGGCUUGGCAGCCUGCUGGCAGGCCUUGAGCUGCUCGAGGUACCAGUUGCAGAUCUGCAUGUUGCCGUUGUUGUCGUCCAUGCACUUUGUGAAACUGGUGGCGGCGCCGGCGCAGUUGUCCUGCUGGGACUGCUGCGAAAUCGCAGCUUCUCCGUCCUCAACCGGCCUCCGCCAAAUUACCCCGGCCAUGUCCCGCUCACCCGCCUCGAGAAGGCCGCCAUGGCCGUCGGCUCCGGCGUCAUGUCCUUCCUCAACCCCUGGCGUGGCGACCUGAUUGCCAUCUUCGGCGAGACCACCGCCAGCCCGUACUUUAUCGAGCGCCUGCGGCGGGCAAUGCUCUCCUCGCCCACGGGUCGCCGCAUCCUCCGCGACCGGCCACGCAUCACCUCAGAGUCCCUCAACCUGCCGUACCUGCGCACGCUGCCCAAGAACACCGUGGGCGGCACCUACGUCGCCUGGCUCGACCGCGAAGGGGUGUCCCCAGACACGCGCACCUCGGUCCGGUACAUUGACGACGAGGAGUGCGCGUACGUCAUGCAGCGCUACCGCGAGUCGCACGACUUCUACCACGCCCUGACCGGCCUCCCCGUCGUCCGCGAGGGCGAGGUCGCCCUCAAGGCGUUCGAGUUUGCCAAUACGGUGCUGCCGAUGACGGGCAUGAGCGUCUUCAGCGUCACCACCCUGAAACCCGCCGAGAGGAAGCGCUUCUGGCGCGUAUAUGGGCCUUGGGCGCUCAAGAACGGGCUGCGCGGGCAAGAGGUCAUCAACGUCUACUGGGAGGAGGAGAUGGAGACGGAUGUGGAUGAGCUGAGGAGAAGGCUGGGCAUUGAGCAGCCACCGGAUCUCAGGGAUAUACGGAAUCGGGAAAAGGAGGAGCGCAGGCAGAGGAAGUUACAGCAGGAGCAGCAGCAGCAGCAGGCAACGGUGUUUCUGCUCGUGGUAUGA